GCGCUAGAGGCCGAGCUGGGGCCCCCGCGGAGGCGGGGAGGGGAGACGCGGACAUGGGAGCGCUGGGCCCUGAGAACUGAGGGGGAAACCGAGCCCGACUGUACCUAGAGGAGACCACAGGCUGGACCUGCCAAGAGGAGGACACACAGGGCAGCGACGGCGGCGGUGACACUUGGACGAGCGGAAGCGGCGAUGUCACCGGAGCCUCGACCUCCUCCUGGACGCUGAGCCCCGCAGCCGGGCCCUGCGUCCCCAGCCCGCGGGGAUCCGGCCGCAGUCCGCCCUGGGACCCCUGGGAAGUGGGGAGGGAGCGCUCAGCCGGGCUUCGCACUGCUGGCCGGCCGGGAGCGGAGCGCUGCCCCUCCGACACCAAGACUGCCCAGCUGGAGAACCCCGGGGGCUGCCCCAGGGGUGCUGCCGCAAUUGCCUUAUAUAGAUUCCGCACCACCCCACCCCGCCACUGUCGCCGCAGAGUGGAAGCAUCUGGACUUCUGUCUUGGGACUGCCACAUCUGGAUACCUUCCCUGUUACAGCACAGGCCUUGCCUGGGUUUCCCAUCUCUGAAACCCAUCAGCAUAACUGGAAAUCCCCCUUCCCCCUCCUCCUUCAAGUUACUGCGGAGUCCUAACACAUCUGGACUUAUGCCCUCAGAUCCCAAAUCCCUCCCUGCCUCUUAGCACAGUAGCCAAGUUUUCUCCAACCCCACUUUCCUUCCCUUUAACACACACACACACACACACACACACACACACACACACACACACACACACACACACACACCUGGAUUGCCCCAUCUCAGUCCCCAGCUUGCCUUUCUCUGCAUGCCCACUCCAGGGAUUGCUGCCCAUCUGGAUGCACUGGGCCCCCUUACCUCCCAUGUGCCCCUGCUACCCUAUAUGUUCUACGUGGGGUUGUUCUUUGUCAACGUCCUGAUCCUGUAUUAUGCCUUCCUGAUGGAGUACAUCGUCCUUAAUGUGGGUUUGGUCUUCCUGCCUGAGGAUAUGGACCAGGCACUGGUGGAUCUGGGUGUACUCUCAGAUCCUGGCUCUGGGCUCUAUGACACUGACAGUGAGUUGGAUGUCUUCGAUGGCUACCUGGAGUAGGGGGAUCCUGGGACUGGGGUCCCCCAGUCAGAGCCUUCCUUCUUCCCUCAGGCCCUGCAGAGGAAACCUUCAGGCCUAUCGCAGCUUGUACUUCCUGGGCCAGAAUGCCUGGGACAGGCUGAUACUGUGGGUGACACAGGAGUUGCCACUGAUGAUGUCUUUCCUUCUUCAAGGGGACCCAGGACAAUGCCCUCCCUGGUCCUCAAGACCCGUCUGCCCUCCUUGAAAGUGCACCACGAUGCAACUCCUGGGAUUCACAGGAUUGAAAAGUGCUCGGGUUGGAAACGCACACAGACUGGAAGAAAGGAAAGGAGCCAGAUCACAGAUUCUUCCAAACAGAUGUUCCCUCAGUGACUGUCCAGAUGCAGUGUUGCACAAGAGGCCAAUGCCUUAGUUUAGUACCUUAAAUGAUCUGGAUGCAUAUUUUUUAUGGAAAUCCAAGCUUUUUUUCUUUUGGUAUUACUUCUAGCAUCAGUACCUUGAAGGGUCAACUUUGGGGGAAAAUGUACUUAAGACUUUAACAAUGAAGAGUAGUCUAUAUCAAUAUUUGUUGUCAAUAAAGCCUCAAGUAGUUGAAAUGUUUAGAACUUUGUUGGCCAUUAGUUCUAGAGAUGCUCUCAGGUGGGGACUCAAAAUUGAAAGAAUUAGGGGAAUGUUCCAGAGGUUUGGCUUGGUGGGUUGUCCUUUUUGUUUUCAAUCUGCCUGUCUUCCAUUGGUUUUGCAGAUCUCUCAACAGUUCUUGGGAAGAGAAUGGGAAGAACACAUCCAGAGAAUGACUUAAUUAUCCAACCCAAGAUACUUUGAAAAUGAUAGUGUUAUUUAAAUUCAACUCCCAUAAACCUGUAAAAGCACUCUGUGGAAAGCUAGCCUCUUUUGAUUAAAAAAAAGAUUCAAUCAA